AGCAGUUCCAAAUUAACCAUUAUCUUCUUACUUUCCAAUAGCGAGUAGAAGCACCAUGAAGAGCUCCUUGUUGAUGUUCUUUAUUCUAAGUGUAACAUCACUAAAAUUCAGUGAGAUAGGAAAAAUUGGCAUUGAUUUCAUUGAUAAAAUUGUCGUUGAUCUCACUGAUAAUAUUGACGUUGAUCUCAUUGAUAAGAUCAUAAAUGAAUUGGAUAAAACAUUACAUAAUAUAACGAGUCAGUUACUGAAAUGUCUGGAUCCAAGUAUGAUACCAUCACUCACGUGUGAAGGUGACACAUUCAUUAAUAAUGUUCUUAACGUUAAAUUCUCAAGUCUUGUUGAUGUAACGUGCCUCAUAAAAAAGUUUGUUUAAGUAAUAAUAGUGCAAAUGCUGUGAAUUUGAUUAAAUGUCCUGUAAAAACAGUUUUAGUCGGAACAAGUUCAUUAUCGGAAGCAGUUCUUGGCAAUUUUGUAAACGAAAUAAAGCAAUGUAUUAUAAGUCUUUAUACCAAUGGUCGUAAUGGAGUUACCAAUUGUGAAUUAUUUGACAGCCUGCUACAAUUAAAUAUUACAUCUGUUCUAAAUAACUUAGAAUCUGGUCUUAUUUCAAAGACCACAACCAAUCUGGAAAAUUUAAUAAAAAAGUUUACAGAAAAUGUUAAUUCAACAUGUAAAAUUUUUUCUUAAUCAAUCAUCAUGCUUGAUGUAAAUUUACGAAGCAAUAAUAAAAUAUAAAUUCAAUUGAA